GGGCUUGAUUUUGUGAUUCCCUUAAUAGUUAGCAGGAAAGAUAUGUAGCAUGGAUGAAAUUGACAUUGUUUCAUAUGUUGGUCCAAACAUUUUCUUCAACGAUUCUGAAAGCUUCUCUCUAUGCUUUUUGUGCUGGAAGCUUUGGUGUUUUUGGCCACCAUUUGAGGGAAAUUUUUUGAGUUGUGAAGUGGGUUCAUGUUGAAGAUACCCACCACUGUUUGAGUCUCUGUAGGUACACAUUGUUUCAACUACGGCUUCUGUUGCUAAUUUUCACGAAGGAUUUGAAAUUGAAUAUCUUCUAGUGUUUGUUUAUUGGCGCUAAGAGAAUGGGGUAAAUUUACUGCUGUUUGGUCGAGAGAAUGAAACAAAAAGGAAAGAAAAUGGGAUUUUGAGAAUGGUUCUUCUUUGUUUUGGUAACUGAAAGUUGUGAGCAGCUUACUCUAUGGGAUUAUCCAACUUUCCACGGCAGUGUUAGGAGAGCCACAAUGGACAAAACUGCAAUUACCCUUGAAGCUAUCAGCAAGGAGAUUGUUGAUCUGGAGAACAUCCCUCUUGAAGAAGUUUUUGAGAAAUUAAAAUGCACAAGAGAAGGUCUCGGCUUGGAUGAGGUAGAGAAGCGAUUGAAGGUGUUUGGGCACAACAAACUUGAAGAGAAAAAGGAAAAUAAGAUUAUCAAAUUUUUGGGAUUUAUGUGGAAUCCUCUCUCAUGGGUUAUGGAAGCAGCAGCAAUCAUGGCCAUUUCUCUUGCACUUAAAGAGAAUAAGGAUGUAGAUUACAUAACCUUUCUUGGCAUUCUGGCACUGCAUAUUAUCAAUUCAGCCAUCAGCUUUGUAGAGGAAAACAAAACUGGCAAUGCUGUGGCUCGCCUUAUGGCUUGGCUGGCUCCAAAAGCAACGGUUUUACGAGCUGGCAAAUGGAGUAAGGAAUAUGCUUCUGUGUUGGUUCCUGGAGACAUUGUCAGUAUCAAACCAGGAGAUAUCAUCCCUGCUGAUGCACGUUUACUUGAAGGAGAUCCUCUGAAAAUUGAUCAGUCUGCUCUCACAGGAGAGUCACUCCCAGUGAUAAAACAUCCUGGUGAGGUAGCUUACUCUGGUUCAACAUGUAAGCAAGGUGAAAUUGAAGCCGUUGUUAUUGCAACUGGAAUGCGUACUGUCUUUGGAAAGGCAGCUCAUCUUGUGGAAACCACCAUACAUGUUGGGCAUUUUCAGCAGGUUUUUACUGCAAUUGGAAACUUCUGCAUUUGCGCAACCGCCAUUGGGGUGUUAAUUGAGAUCAUUGUAAUAUGGUGGGUCCAACACAGAGAUUAUCGUUCUGUAAUAUAUAACUUGCUUGUCCUCCUCAUUGGUGGUACCCCAAUUUUCAUGCCAACAGUUCUGUCCACUACCAUGGCCUUCAGUUUUGAAUGCCUAUAUCGGAAGGGUGCUGUAACUAAGACAAUGACAGCUAUUGAGCAAAUGGCUGGGAUGGAUGUGCUCUGCAGUGAUAAGACAGGAACUUUAACUCUUAACCAACUUACAGUAGACAAGAAUAUGAUCGAGGUUUUUGCCAAAGGUGUUGACAAGGAAAUGGUUUUAUUGAUGGCUGCAACAGCUUCAAGGUUGGAGAAUCAAGAUGCGAUUGAUGCUGCCAUUGUUUCAAUGCUGGACGAUCCUAAGGAGGCACGCACUGGGAUUUCAGAAGUUCACUUCCUUCCAUUCAAUCCAACUAAUAAGAGGACAGCGCUUACAUACAUUGACAGUGCUGGUAAAAUGCACAGAGUUAGCAAGGGUGCACCAGAGCAGAUUCUCAAUUUGGCACAUAACAAGUCAGAUAUUGAAAGAAGAGUACAUUCAAUAAUCAAUAAAUUUGCAGAGCAUGGGCUUCGAUCCCUUGCAGUUGCUUGUCAGGAAGUACCAGCAGGCACCAAAGAUAGUCCUGGUGGACCCUGGGAAUUUCUUGGUCUUCUCCCUCUCUCUGACCUUCCUCGCGUUGACAGUGCCUUGACAAUUAGAGGAGCUGUAGAUCUUGGAGUAAGUGUUAAGAUGAUUACAGGUGAUCAAAUGGCAAUUGCUAAGGAGACUGGAAGACAACUUGGAAUGGGCACAAACAUGUACCCUUCAUCAUCUUUACUUGGUCAUAAUAAGGAUCAGUCUGUUGCAACCUUACCAGUUGAUGAACUCAUUGAGAAAGCUGAUGGUUUUGCUGGUGUCUUUCCUGAACAUAAGUACGAGAUUGUGAUGCAAUUACAAUCAAGAAAGCACAUUGUUGGGUUGACGGGUUAUGGAGUUAAUGAUGCACCUGCAUUACAGAAAGCAGACAUAGGAUUUGCUGUGGCAGAUUCAACAGAUGCUGCUCGAGGUGCUUCUGACAUAAUACUGAUACAUCCUGGGCUAACUGCUAUCAUUAGUGCUGUAUCAACCAGCCGCUCAAUCAUUCAAAUGAUGAAGACCUACUUGAUAUAUGCAGUAUCUAUCACAAUACAUAUUGUUCUUGGUUUUCUGUUGCUGACUGCAUUCUGGAAGUUUAAUUUUCCUCCUUUCAUGGUUCUCAUUAUUGCCAUUUUCAAUGAUGUUGCUAUCAUAGCUAUAUCCAAAGACAGGGUCAAGCCGUCUCCAGUUCCUGAGAGUUGGAAGCUCAGUGAAAUUUUUGUGACUGGGGUUGUCCUAGGAACUUACCUUGCCCUAAUGACAGUUGUAUUCUUCUGGGUAGCCUAUGAAACCAGUUUCUUUGCGAAAAUCUUCCACGUAACAAACUUCAACAAGCACCAGUACAAUCUCUCAGAUGAGAAAACCUAUGUUCAUCUGUAUGCACAGUUGGUAUCUGCAGUGUUCCUUCAAGUUAGCAUCAUCAGCCAGGCUUUAAUAUUUGUCACUCGCUCCAGGGGCUGGUCUUUGAGGGAAAGACCUAGUUUUGUUCUUGUUAGUGCCUUUGUCCUCACUCAAUGGAGUGCAACUAUGAUAUUUGCCACAACAUCAAGGGAAAAUGCUGGGAAUAGAAAGAUUGACUGGGGUUGGAUUGGUGUUAUUUGGCUGUACAACAUUGUUGUCUAUAUAUUGCUGGAUCCUAUCAAAUUUGGUGUGCGACAUGCAGUCAGUGGGAGAGUCUGGGGCCUGAUGCUAGAUCAAAGAGACAUUCAUCACCCAAAAGGACUCUGCUAAGGAAGCCCGCGAGGCUGCUGGGGCAGCUGAUCAGCGGACACCUGAUGGGCUUCAAUCUACUUUGGGAGGAGAUUAGUGUCAUUGCUGAAAAUAUCUUGCAUCCUUAGCCUUGCCUCAGCGGGUCUAGCUUACCAUAUGUUUGGAAGUCCUCGACCAAACGAGUAUUUAACAGAGAGCCUACAAGGAAUUCCAUUAAUAAAUUGGCCGUAUUGAUCAUUUGGAACAAAUGAAUUUAGUAGAUUUUUUUACGAAGUCCCAAUGACCAUAGAUCGAACCUAUCCAAUUUUUAUAAUGGGAUGGUCGGUUGUUCACAAACUAGUCAUACCUACCAUUUCUUUUCUGGGGUUAAUGUCAACAAUGUAAUUCAUUCAAUGAUAAACCUAAUCCAAAUUAUAGAA